AUAAAUGAAAUUCGUAUUUUAUUUGUGUAUAUUUUUAGUAGUGUGCAAAGGAGGUAGGGUGAACAAGAAAUUAAAUGCUUCAGUCGAUGAUAUAGUUAAAAGCAUGACUUUAGCAUAAAAGAUUGGUUAAACAACUUAAGUUGAUUUUAUUUAUUUGAAUGAUGCUGAAGGAAAAACAUAAUAUGAUAAAAUUAAAGAGUGGAAUCUUGGAUCUGUAUUAGUGGGAGGUAAUGGAUGCCCUGAUGAUGAGGGCAAUAUAUCCUCAUCAGGAACUUGUAUGGAGGCAAACAAUGUAAUAUGGAAAAAAGUUGCAGACUUGGCACUAGCCUAAGGAGUGUCAGUCACAGUUGAUAUUAGUGAAACAGAAUCAGAAACAGUUGUAAUAUAACCAUUACUUGGUACAGAUGCUAUCCGUGGAAAUCAACAUUCUGUUGGGGAGAUACUCUUUCCUCAUAAUAUUGGUCUGGCUGCUUCAAACAACGUGGAAAACUUUAGAAAUUCAGCUAAAUGGAUGAGAGAUAGCGUGAUUGAGAGUGGAUUUAAUUUUGUAUUUACACCCACAGUAGCUGUAUCUCAUAAUCCACAAUGGGGUAGAUUCUAUGAGACUUUGGGAGAGGACACAACUAAAGUGAAAGAAUACUCCAAAGCUUUCGUUGAAGUAGCCUAAGAUAUUCAAGAAGACUAGAUACUAGGAGUUCUAACCUCAGUUAAACAUUUCAUAGGAGAUGGAGCUACAAUAAAUGGAUAUGAAGAAGGUGAUUCUAUUGUAGAUGAAGAGUCUAUGGAUCUCUUUGUAUAGGAUAAUAUCAAAGGGUAUGAGGGAGCUGUUGAGGCAUAGACAGGUAAUGUAAUGGUCAGUUAUGAUGCAAUCAAUGGUGUGGCUAUGAGUGUUCAUCCAUUUGUUAAUGAGAAAUUGAAAGCAGCAACAGAAGAUGGUGGAUUAGGAUUCGAAGGAUUUGUUAUUAGUGAUUAUAAUUCAGUUAUCAAGACAGCUUAGGUAGAUUUACCAAGAAAUUCUUAAAAAAUGCCAUUGAAUUAGGCAUAUGCUGAAUCCUUUAAUGUAGGAGUUGAUAUGUAAAUGAUUUCUGACAAAGUUGAAGACUACCAGGCUAUGAUUACUAGUUUAGUGAAUGAAAAUGAUCCACAAAAACCAAAAAUAGAUGUAGCAAGAUUAGACGAUGCAGUUAAGAGAAUAUUAACAAUCAAAAAUAAAAUGGGAUUAAUUUAAUCAACUCCCAACGAAUAAGAUUUAAAAGAAAAUAAGAAAAUAGGAAUAGUGAAGGAUAAAGAAUAAGAAUAUCAAGAUGCUUUAUAAGCUGCUCUUGAAUCAUUAGUAUUGUUGAAAAAUGAUGCAAAUGCACUUCCAGCUAACAAAAAUACAAUUAAACAUGUUAUUUUAUUGGGUGAUAGAUAUGUACCAAUUGGAAAUGGAGAAUAUAAAUUAUUUUCAGAUUAUGACAAUAUUGGAGCUUAAAAUGGAGGAUGGACAAUCAGAUGGUAAGGGUAUAAUGGUAAUGAUUAUUGGACUGGGGAUUUGAAGGUUCAAUCAAAAGCUUCAUCAAUCUUAGAUGCCAUAAAAACAAGAUUCUAAGAUGCAGAAAUUCAUCAUCCAAAAUACACAGAUCCAUCCGAUUUGAAUGCCAUUCUUGCAGACAGAAAUACUUUUAGAAACCAAUUAAAUACAAUGAAGGAUUAAUUCACAUCAGCAAACACAAUAGUCAUCAAUGUAUUAGCAGAAAAUCCAUAUGCUGAAUAUAUGGGUGAUAUUAACUGCAAAUAUUGUUAAGGUGAAGACAGGACAGGUUGCUUAUAUGAUAUGCAUGAUAAUGUUUAUUUAACCAAAUCAUAACCUACAAGAUUAGAAAUCAAAACAGGAGCAUAUGAAAAAUAAGUAUAAAUAUAUUUAAAAUAUUUAGAUAAUUACCAAUAUCCUUUAAGGUAAAAGUAUAGUUGUUUCUGUAUUAAUCAGUGGCAGACCAAUGCUAAUAGAUGACCCUUUAGCAAUUAGCAAUAGUUUUAUAGCAGCAUGGCUCCCUGGAACAACUGGUGGUGAAGCCAUUGUAAAGUCCAUUUUUGGAGAAUAUGGAUUUGGAGGAGUAGAUAAUAAAAACAAUAAGUUACCAUCUCCUUGGUUUUCUACUUUAGACUCUAUUAAAGAUUAUCCAAAAUAUGUUUCAAAUACUCAACCUAUAAUUAACAAUCCAAAGUUUGCUACUGGUUUUGGGCUCUAGACAGCUGUAAUCAAUAAUCCAAUUCUAGAAUGAACAUCAUAUAUAUUAAUUAUCUAUUAAUAUAUUCAUUAAA